UGCAUUUCUUGCUGUGUUGUUUUGUUUGAUACACAAUGCUCAUGCACGGUAUCAGACAAUUGGGCUCGGAAGACACGUAGCCUUCAGCUCUCUGCCUUAAAAGUCGCAGCUUAUAUCACUCGCAGCUUAAAAGCGACGCUUCAAUUCAGAGUGCUACUGCUGCUUAUUAGAGUGUAAACCUGAGGUUGCAGCUGCAGUAUGCGGAGGAUAAAUAUCUUCGAGGCUCUUCUUUUUGCUGCUGUAAUCAAGAGCGCAAUAGCUGCAAAUACGCCUUCCAAGCCACCUCCGUACCUGGAUAUUGAAACGUUCUUCAAACGUCUCGGACAAUUAUGGAUUAUUGAGGCAGCAACGGCAAAUGCACAAGUCAACACCGCUUGUAAGCUCUACGAUGUAACAAGUGUAAAAAAUGGUAACGUUUAUUUUGGGCGGAUAUUUUACUGGAAGGGCAAAAGGGCCGAAAAGCGGUUGACUGGAAGGCUAUCGGUCGAUUUACAUCCUAUAGUAGCAAGCCUUAUGAAAUACCAGCAUGUUAUGAGAGUUUCUCCCAGUGAAGAAUAUCCGUAUGAAGAGCGUCUACUCUACCAGAGCCCUGCAAUGGAUUGCGGUGUUUUUAACGUAAGGAGCCUGAGGGACAGACGUCUUCACAUAUUGAGUGAAUUCUAUGAACUGCGCCUCUGGAAUUCGUCUGCUGUGAGCCCAUAUAAAGACUGCCUCAAAGCUUACGCUGCACUUGUACCGAGCGGAAACGUCAUCACGACCUAUUACAAUCCCUUGUGCAAGAACAUAGUUAAUGGAACCACGUAGAUUUGAAUGUCUUUAAGCAACACGCACGCAGUGUGAGUUUUUUUCAGCAUAAAGCCUGAAGACCGUGCUUUCCUAAACCCGAAUUGACAAAGUGUAACUCGCCUGCUUUCUGAUAACGCGUGCAAAAUAAAGCACACACACAACUUA